UGAGAAGCAAAAGGCUUCUUUGUGCACCUUAAUUAGGUUCCUUGCUACCACAAUGGGCAUCUGCGGCGGAGGAUUUGAAGGGCAGCCUAAGCAGGCAGCAAGGCUAGGAGGAAAUCGAGCUGCACUUUUUGUAUACGCCACGGAGGGUCUUGAGAACAUGUCAUUUGUUGCAAAUGCUAUGAGCCUUGUGACUUACUUCUAUGGAUAUAUGAACUUGAGCUUGACAAAGUCGGCCACCACCCUUACCAAUUUCAUGGGAACUGCAUUCAUACUAACACUUGUUGGUGGAUUCAUAUCUGAUACCUAUUGGUCAAGGUUCAAAACUUGUGUCGUCUUCGGAUUCAUCGAAUUACUGGGACUUGGGUUGUUAACUGUACAAGCACACUUCCACCAGCUAAGACCGUUCCCAUGCCAAAAUGUUACACCAGGACCAGGCCAAACAUGCGAGGCUGCAGACACAAACCAACUUGCAAUCCUCUACACUGGCCUCUACCUAAUUGCAUUAGGCACCAGCGGCGUCAAGUCGGCUUUACCAGCUUUGGGAGCUGACCAAUUCGACGAGAAGGACCCGAACGGGGGAGCACAGUUGUCGAGCUUCUUCAACUGGUUCUUGUUCAGCCUCACCGUUGGAGCCAUUUUUGGUGUCACCUUUGUUGUAUGGAUAAGCUCGAACCGGGGCUGGGACUUGGCCUUCGCUUUGUGCACCGUGGCAGUCUUCUUUGCUGUUGUGUUUGUGUGCAUGGGAAAGUCUCUGUACAGAAACAAUGUUCCCAAGGGCAGCCCCCUCCUAAGUAUCCUACAGGUUCUUGUGGCUGCUACCAAAAACCGAAAGCUUCGAAUUCCGGAGAAUGCAGAUGAGUUACAUGAGAUCCAUGACAAAGAAGGAGGGGAACAAAAUGAACUUCUUCAGAGAACAGAUCAAUUCAGAUUUUUGGACCGGGCGGCAAUCUUUGGUGCCACUACUGCUGAUGGUUCUUCAACAUCUAAAGCUCAUGGAUCCUGGAACCUGUGCACAGUCACACAAGUUGAAGAAACAAAGCUCCUAAUUCGCAUGCUCCCAAUCAUAUUCAGUACUGUCUUCAUGAACACGUGCAUGGCACAGCUUCAGACCUUCUCAAUCCAACAAAGCAAUACCAUGGACACGCAUAUCCUUGGCUUCAAAAUUCCCGGCCCAUCAAUCCCAGUAAUCCCUUUACUGUUUUAUGCCAUUUUUGGAGCAGCAGAUAUGUUUACUUUGGUAGGGCUCUUGGAGUUUUUCUAUGCUGAGAGCGCAGCUGGUAUGAAGUCACUGAGCACAGCCAUCUCAUGGUGUUCAAUUGCAUUUGGCUACUUCUUGAGCUCAAUGGUGGUGGAGGUGGUCAAUAAAGUCAGCGGAGGGUGGCUGGCUAGUAAUAACUUGAACAGAGACAAGUUGAAUUAUUUCUACUGGUUGUUGGCAGGGCUGAGUGUACUGAAUUUUGUAGCUUAUUUGAUCUGUGCAUCUUGGUAUAAGUACAAAAAGGUCGAAGUUUUCAAGCAAUGUGACUUGAACGGAAAGGUUGAAUUGGUGAAAGCCUAA